AUGGCGACUAACACCUCGGACACGGCUGCGGCCGAUGCCAAACCGUUCGACAUUGUCGCAACCUACAAUUCGCUGCUUGAUUCCGAUCCCGACCUUACUAUGCCUAUCGCGGCCAUUGAAGCCCUGGUCCUUGUUCUCACACACUGUGCCUCCUCAACAAUAUCAGAGACUCUGGAUCUUCUCGCAAAAUCUACCGCCGACCUAAAGAAAUCUAUUCCCAACCCCAUCGGUCUCUCCGCCGGAACCGAUCUCUUCCAACGAUACCUGAUUACCCAACUACAACGCCCUGGUCAACUGGGCCCUGCCGGUGACUUCCAGUCCACCCGCACGCAUCUCCUGUCCAACGGACGGCUGUUCAUUCGACGCGCCAAAGAGAGCCGAGACAAAAUCGCAUCAUUCGGCCGCGGCUUCAUUCGCGAUGACAGCACAAUUCUCACAAACGGUGGUUCUCGGGCUGUUGCUGCGCUAUUGAAGAAGGCCGCAGAUGAUGCUGUGCGAUUCCGUGUUAUCUACGUCCUGUCCUCCUCUUCUACAGAUUGCAAUCGCCAUAAGGAAGAGCCAGAAGGCAUGGCGACAGUACGUGCUCUGAGAGAAAAGGGUGUCCCCGUGGCGACCAUCCGCGAGUCCGCGGUGGCAUAUUCACUUGGCAAGGCCGAUAUGGUUAUUGUGGGUGCAGAGGGUGUGGUGGAGAAUGGCGGCGUUGUGUCUCGCAUGGGAACGUACCAGAUCGGUCUCCUUGCCAAGGCUAUCGGCAAGCCUUUCUACGUGGUGGCUGAGAGCCAUAAGUUUGUCCGUCUGUAUCCUCUCGGCCAGUACGACCUGCCGAUUGAGCAGCGAGUGCUUGAGUUCAAGUCCGAGGAGGACCUUGCAGAGGAGGACAAGCAGCAAUCUCUGACUGCGGACUCAAAUGACCAGACCCCGGCUAAGUUACCUGUCUGUCAGUCAGUUGAUUUCACUCCGCCUCACCUGAUCUCCGCAUUGAUCACAGAUAGCGGUGUCUUGACGCCCAGUGCUAAAACCAACACCAUGAAUGCCCAAUCACCAUCAACAGACACCCAGCCUGACAACAAACCCCACCUUGACUCCCGGACUCAGGAAUCCGGAUCCCCUUCGACAGCCGAUGGCCACUGCCACAGUGGCUCGUGGUCUCUUAGACGACUUCUGAGCCGCCGCAGCCGCAGAUACAGUAUGCUGGAGCGGGAGCCGAAUCGUUUGCGGAAGCGGAUGAGCAAUUAA